CUCACCCAAGUUAGUCUAGAUGGAUGAUCUGCUGGACUACCAGCUGGUGAACCUGGUUUUGAUCUGGUUGACCAUCUUGUUCAAGCUGGUUAGGGCUGGACCACCUUGGACCAUCAAUAAACCAGGUGGCAUGUUCCAGAAACCAGCUUGACCAUCUUAAGCUGUUAUGUCGGGCUGGUUAAAGGACGGGGUGGUAUUGGAGGGGACGGGAAGUGGUCAGAUGUCCCCAAGCUCCAGACUGCAGAGCCCCUUGCCAAGUCGAAUAACGAGGUUAUCAUCCAGCAGCGCGGGGAGCAGAGCACCCUCUCCUGGCUCGGACAGACAGGACAGUAUGAGUAAAGCUAAAGAGCUCUUUGAACUCUGUGAUAAAGAAUGUAAAGGAUUCAUCACAAAGAGAGACAUGCAGCGGUUACAAGGAGAGUUGCCUCUUUCUCAGGAGCAGUUGGAGUCUGUGUUUGAGAGUCUGGACCGAGACCGGAAUGGUUACCUCACCCCCCUCGAGUUCCACACCGGCCUGGGAGAGCUAGUUGGUUCUGGGACUCAUGAGAGUUCUGGGCCGGAGGAGAGAUUGAGGAGAGAAGAGGGAGAGAGAGCUAUGGAUCGAAGAAUAGAGCCAGCGGAGAUGCGAUUCGCUCAGAUCCUUAUGGAGCUGGGAGCUGAUAAACUCUUUAAGGAUCAGUGGGAGUUGUGUACUCUUUGGUGUGAGCUCCAGAGAGACAAACCUGAACUGUUGGAAGUGUUGGAGGAAGUUCUCUCUCACACUGUGUCUCAUCUUCAGGAUGCACUCAAAGAGAGAGACAAUUUAGAACAGACGCUACACAGGAGAGAGGAAGAUCAUGACAGAGUGGUUCGGUCCAUGUAUGAAGACAUGGAGAGUCAGUUAAAAGAAGAGAGAGAGAAACGACAAGCUCUGGACAGUGUAAGGCAAGGAGACAGGAAAGAGCAGUUGCUGCAGGAACUGAGGACACGAGAGCAGGAACUGGAGUUCACACUUACGAAACAGAGAGAGCUGGAGAGCAGGAUCAACACUCUGAGCAGUGAUCAGGCUGACACUCGUGGGGAGUACCGCAGAUUGCAGAACAUCAACCAGCAGCUACAAAAUGAACUGGAUCAGAGUCGAGAGGAGCUGCAGCAUGCUCUGAGUCAACUACAACAACUGCAGAACAACAUCAAACACCAGCAGAGGGGUAAAGAGAGAGAGGUCCUGAAAGUGUCCCGAAACAUGCAGAAAGAACGAGAAAGCCUGAUGAGACAGCUGGACCUGCUCAGGGAUAUGAACAAGCGCCUUCGGGAUGAUAAAGAUGCCCACCAAGCUCAGAUGACGACGGCUAAAGAGAAGAACCCUUUACAAAGGAAGGAAUCCAUCCUAGGGGACUAUUUCCUGCCGAGAAAAUCCACUAAAAGACAGCUGAUGAAAGCCUCUCAUGAUGACCCAGAAGAUGCUUUGUUAAACGACUCUGGUCCAAAAAGACUCUCUAUAGCCGAACAGAAAGAGGACAAAACAACCAGUGAAUCAGAGAGAACCACGAGUGUUAUAUGCGAUCCACAGCGUGUGUUUAAGGUGGUGUUUUUGGGUAAUUCUGGAGUGGGAAAGAGUUCCUUCAUCCAUCAUUACUGCAGCGGUCAGUUCCCCAACAACAUGGCUUCAACUGUGGGGAUGGAUUUCCAGGUGAGGAGCGUAAUGCUUGAUUCCACACCUGUCGCUUUGCAGCUGUGGGACACUGCAGGACAAGAAAGAUUCCACAGCAUCACCCAGCAGUACUUUCGGCGAGUGGAUGGAAUCAUCGCUAUGUAUGAUGUCACCCAGGAGACGUCUUUCACAGCUGUCCGCCAUUGGCUGGACCAGGUGCAGGAAAAGAUGGCUGAAGAGGCGUGUCUAUUGUUGCUAGGCAAUAAGACCGACCUGGUGACCAUCGACAGGAGGGAGGUGACCGCGGCACAGGGCCGGAUGCUGGCAGAGCAGUUUCAGGCUGAGUUCUAUGAAUGCAGUGCUAAGAGUGGACACCAGGUGGAAGAGGCCAUGACACACCUGACAAGGUUACUCGCCUCACAGCAGGAUAAUCAGUGCGAGUCUGCGCUCAGUCUUGAGAAUUCUCCCAACAGAGGGCGCUGUUGCAAAUAGGCGGAUCCUCAUUUCCGAAUUCAGGCUUCCUCAUGAAUAUUAAUUAAGGCUGUACACCUCUGAAUAUUCAUGAGCUAAUGGAUUCCUAAACUCACGAACCUCUAAAUUCAGAAUGUUCAGGAAAUAUGUCAACUGUAAAAAGUUAUAAAAUAUUAUCUGGAACAAUUAUACGAUUAAUUUAAAGGAAUAUUCCGAGUUCAGUACAAGUUAGCUCAAUCGCCAGCAUUUGUGUUACUCUAAAAAAGUCAUUAAUUACUAACUACUAAUUACAUCGUCUACAGUGUAAUUAGAUUACUGUACUAAUUACUCUGUCUGAAAUGUAAUUGCAUUACUUGUUACUAAUUACUUUCUAAAACCCUUAUCAACCUCGACCAGAUGAAAAAUACAAGGAUAGACAUGAAACUGUUCUUUUAAUUCUUUCAAAUAAAUCAUAUAAAAUCAAAUAAAUUAUUCAUGAAGUGGCCAAAGAAUUUAAAGGGGCGGCGUUAAAUUAGAAAAAAUACAUUUUAACAUGAGAUGUUAAAUUUCGAUUUUAAAUUCACUAUUGAUUUAUAUAGAAUUGUUCUAGAGUCUAUACAGUAGUAAUCCCUUGCAUUACUUUUUAUACAUUAUAGCACAAAUUCUGUUGAUUGAUCUUAACUUGUAAUGAUCCCGGAAUAUUCUUUUAAGAUUAAAACACACUCCAGCUGGCAAUGUAUUACACCAACUUAACUGUUUACAUAUUUACAAUUUUUUUAUUAAUCGAAGUAGGCUACUUAUUUUCAUUUAACAAAGUCUACUGUUAAAAUUAAGGUCUGAAACAAAAUGAGUAUUUAAAAAUAAGUAUUUAUGCAUUUUAUGUUAAUCAUUUUGCGGGCUUGUGGCAAUACGUAUCAUAUAAACAACAUUUCUGGAAGUACAGAAUUAAAUGUUAUCUGUCAGUUUUACAUACACAGACUGAAUUUGGCAAACUGUUAACUUACAAAUAAUAUUAUUGUAUUUGUAAAUGGAAGUAUGCAUCAUAAAUGUUUUAUUAUUUAUAUUUUACUGUUGUAACAAUGAUGUCUUCUUUGGGGUUUCCAAGCAAUAAAUAUGUUACUUGACAUGUC